CACUGAUAGGCAGCACUGACAGGUGGCACUGACUGGCAUUGAUAGGUGGCACUGACUGGCACUAAUAGGUGGUACUGAAAGGCAGCUCAGAUGGGCACUGAUAUGUGGCAUUGAUGUGCACUGGUAGGCACUGAUUUGUGGCAUUGAUGGGCACUGACAGGUGGCACUGCUGGGGCUACACUGAUCAUCAGGGCACACUGAUCAUCAGUGCCCUGAUGAUCAGUGUACAUGUCCCCUCUGAGGAAUGCCGAUUACCGGCUCUCCUAGAUAACUGUAGGCUGCACGCUUCCGGAGCCGCGCACGCGCGGUUAGAGUGGGCGGAUGUCAUA